UUUCAUUAAAAAUUUGAGUAUCGAUUUGCUCAUUCUUGUUGCUGUGGACAAUGAUUAUUAUUAUUAAAUUAAUUGUGCGGAAAAUGCGAAUGAACCCGCAAAAGGUGUCACUUUUUCCACCUUCUGGCCUGAACUUGCACCUUGAUCUUACCUGUCUCGUUAAUGAGUUAUUUUUGGAAUUGUCAAAUUUGAAAGUUCAAAGGAGCACGAAUGAUGUUACUCAAGAAUAGUUUUACAAAUAGUUUUUUAUCCUAAACUUUAAUAAGAAUGGCUUUAAAUACUUUCAAAAAUAUUUUUGUUUAUAAAAAUACCAGAUUUUUAUGCGGAAGAUACUUAAAAGGGAUCAUUAGCAGUACUUGCAAUAUGAAUUUGAUUCAUAACAAUGUACCACAGGGUUGGUAUUCAACUGAAUCUAAACCACCUAACAAAUAUGAAGGAGUCGUUGGCACCUUAGGUGAAUUGAAAAUAAAACUUGCCCUAGAAAUGGGCGUCAAUCGGGUUUAUAAACCUGUGGGUACAAGCAGAGCACAUCUGUCCAAAUUUCUUCCUAAAAGUCAGGAAGAACUCCCUCACAGGUCUAUGAGUGACAGUUUUAUCGCGACAAUAAUACCUUUGUCCACAGAUGAAACAUUGCAGGAAAAAUAUACAACUUUUCUUGGUCAUGUUAGAGUAGGAAGAUUGUUAGAGGAUAUGGAUAUAUUUGCAGUUAUAGUAGCUCGCAAACACAUUUUAAAUCCAAACCAUCCAGAAAACGAAUUAUUUCCCCAAACCUUGGUUACUGUGCUCGUUGAUAGAAUUGACUUUACUGAAUUUCAACCAAGGCCCAACGAUGAUAUAAGGAUAUCAGGCCACGUGAGCUGGGUAGGUAGAUCAACUAUGGAAGUGGUAGUUUGGUUAGAACAGUUUGAAGACAACAAGUGGCAUCGUAUUACAAGAGCCCUAUUUAUUAUUGCGGCCAGGGAUCCGACCAAUACCAAAGCCACUGUGGUCAAUCUCUUAAAACCGGCCAGUGAAAGAGAGAAAACGAUAUUGGCGGGCGGAGAAGAUAGAAAAAAAAGGAGGAUGCUUAUCGACACCACUCAUGUAUCUAAAGUAAUACCAAAUGUGGAAGAACAAAAACUUAUACACGAUUUGUACAUGAAAACUGUCGAUCAAAACAACUUAAGUAUGGCAAAAAGGAAACUUCCUGAGAAUGGGGUCUGGAUGGGAGACGCUAAAUUGUCCAACAUGAUAUUUUCUCAGCCUGAGGAUAGAAAUUUGCACAACACCGUAUUUGGCGGGUUUAUAAUGAGACACGCCACCGAACUCAGCUGGGUGCUCGGCUACAAAUACUCAAAAUACCGGCCAGUAUUAAAAAGUAUCAGUGAUAUUAGUUUUAAAAAACCGAUCGCGGUGAAUUCGUUGAUUCAGAUGCAUUCAACGAUGGUUUACACGUUCCAGAACUACAUGCAAAUACUAGUUCUAGCAGAGGUAUAUAACCCCCUAACGGGAAAAAGUGAUACCACCAACGCUUUUCAUUUCACCCUGCAAGCUCCGGAGAAAGUAAACGAGGUGAUACCGUUGAGUUAUCACGAAGCGAUGAUGUAUAUCGACGGUCGCCGACAUUUUAUGAACAUCAUGGACAGUGUCAACUUGACAGGUUUUAAAAGCAAACUGUGACGAAAUUAAAUUACUAUAUACACGCUAUGCGGGAUUGUUUCAGGUGUGGGAACCUAAAUUUUGAGGAGGAGGCGGAACAAAUUAUAUUACGCGGUAUAUUUUUUUAAUUAAUAAUUUGUUGUAUAUGUUAGAACUAUCACGUCUGACUGAUAACACUCAGUCGUCAGUGGCUGCUCAAGUUGAACUGUCGGUCAGUUUAACGUGUUUAAUGCACUUCAUUUGGCUUCGCUUACAUGUUAACCACCCAUAAAUUAUUGCCCUGUUCAUUCCCGUUCAAACUUGUAACUUAGGUUGCUCACGCUUUUCCAUUAAAAUAGAAGUUCUGAUGUUAUUUAAAUUGUUGACAAAUCCGUUAUAAGCUAUAUUAUUUUAAUAUUUUGUUAUUGAAUUUAAUAUAUUUUAUUAAUCGACAGAAUUUAUUGGCUAUCGUCACCACGCUGUCUAUCCGUCAAAAAAAAAUAUUUUGAAUCUUCUUCAGUUGGCGCUGCUGCUAGGCAAUUUGCCAGCACUAUUUAGAACUGCCCCAGAUAAUCGAGAAUGUUCUUCUGGGGAAGUUUACUUUUCAGACUUCUGUUUCUAUUUAAGAGGUAUCUAAAGCUGCUAAGGAGAGAUAGGGUCAGUUAGUAGGCAGGUUCAGUGCUCAAAAAAAAAAAAAAAAAAAAAACACAAACAGGUAAGACAGUCACAUCUAAAAACAAAAAGGGCAAACAAACUCCAGGACUAUGGAUCUUGGGACGGGCGUUGCUGGCCUAGGAUGGACCAUGCGACCGGGCUCGUCAGAUCUGAGACUAAACAACAGAGUCAAAUACAUACAUUGUUACUAGGGAAAGGCUGUCCGACCUCGACUCAUAACUUAAAGUUUUAUCCUAUUAUAAUCUAAAAAGCAUAUGACCAUUUGUAUCAUCUCCGCACUUGGGGUGCUUAACAUAUUUUCAACACAAAGUGGUAAGUUAAGUCCGACCUUUGUUAUACGGCACUCGAGAAAUAUAUGAUUAAAAACCAUCUUCUAUUAGGAAAAUUA